UAAUUUGUCGUGAAUAAAUAUUUGUUGCCUUUAUUUCUGCUUGUGAUUACAUUGAACAUAAUGAUGUAUGAAAGUGCGGCCUCUUCUAAAGGUUUAGCACUUGCACUUUUCGCAGUGGUGACUCUCGCCAUGGCCCACGAUAACCUAAAGAUCGUUACUAAGGGCAACAAUGAUUUCACCAUGAAGGUUUUCAACGAGAUCUCGAAGAAGCAUCCAGGAAAUCUGAUCUAUUCGCCGAUCAGCGUGCAUACGAUCCUGUCGCUGCUCCAGCAGGGUGCUGAAGGACAGACCGCUAAGGUCAUGAGCGACGUGUUGCAGAUCCCUGAAUUGAAGACCCUCUCCGCCGACGGUUUCCAAUCUUUGAUGAGCUACUUGAAUGGAAUCCAGAACGUGACCCUCGAGAUCGCCAACAAAGUAUACGUGAAGAACGACGUUACCCUGAAACCAUCCUUCUCUCAGAUCGCCACCAACUCUUUCUACUCGGAAGCUCAGGCUUUGGACUUCUCCCAGAGCGAAGCAGCUGCAAAGGCUAUUAAUGAUUGGGUAUCACUUAAGACCCACGAUAAGAUUAAGGACCUCAUCUCGCCCGAUUCUUUGAACGACCUUACUCGCAUGGUCCUCGUGAACGCCAUCUACUUCAAGGGUGACUGGGCCAAUCAGUUCGACAAGAAAUUCACCACCAAGGACAAAUUCUAUACCUCCAAGGACAAUUUUGUCGAAGUCGACAUGAUGCACAAGACCGACAACUACAAAUACGGAAACAACAAGCAACUAGACGCCAAGAUCAUCCAAUUGCCGUACAAGAACGAGGACGUUAACAUGGUCGUCAUCCUUCCCAAUAAGAUCGACGGCAUCGACGAGCUCCAACAGAAACUCACGAACUACGACCUCAGCAAGCUCACCGAAGGAUUGUACAACACCGACGUUAUCCUCAGCCUCCCCAAGUUCAAGAUCGAGUCCACGAUUGAUCUCAACGAUCCCCUGAAAAUGGUCGGACUUGAAUCUCUGUUCUUGCACCCAAACCUCACCGGACUGCUCGAAGGAAAUGAGAAUCUCAAAGUCAGCGACGUCAUCCAAAAGGCUUUUAUCGAAGUCAACGAAGAAGGUGCCGAAGCUGCCGCCGCCACUGGAUGGGUGCUGUAUGCCAGAAUUGGAAGGAUUAUCCCGGAAAAAAAAAUAUUUACUGUAGAUCGGCCGUUCCUAUUCAAGAUUCUUGUGCGCAAUGUUUGCUUGUUUUCUGGGAAAAUGGUGUCGGUUUGAAAGAGUGUAGUUAGAAAAUUGUUAUCUAGGGAAAAGGGUUGGUACUAUUGAAAUGGAAUUGGGGUUGUUAUUUUUUUCAUUUGUUCUUACUUCUUCUCUGUUUCUAGCCGUGUCUGUUGUAAAUCGCAUAAAACUGAUACCACCGACUGUCUUGCUCAGCGUCGAUCACCCAUUCAUCUUCUUCUUGCGACGCGAUUCGGCGAUCAUGUUUUUGGGCGCACUUGAAAACCCCUAGAGAUUCAUUGUGUGACUCCUCCAUCUUUUCCGCCAAUAAUUUCUAUUUCCUCUCUUGUCAUUGG